AUGAGCCAAGAGAAGCCCAAGACGGCUGCAAAGAGAUCUGCUACAGAAUAUAGACUCUCAAUUACCAGCAAUCCCGGAUCGCGAAGAUCAUCGCUCAGUGGGAUCAAUGAGAGUGCAACCUUAGGAGGUACCAACAGGACGGGAACCAAUACUGGUGUUAAAGAAGAAGAGGAGAAUUUGGUUAGAGAGUAUAUCUUGCCCCAGAUACGAGAACUUAGUGAUUCGAUCAUUACACUUGACGCGAACUUUACGCAGUUGAACUUCAUUCAUGAGAGUUUGGUUGAUUUCAAUGAGUCCCUGGGAGCUUUGCUUUAUGGACUCAUGUGUAACUCGUGGUGCGUGGACUUUCCCUCAGUAUCUCACGAUAUAGCCGGUGAGUUGGCGGUUGCGAGCCGAUUGGAGUCAUUAGCGGCUGAGAAACAACAGCUUAUUGAGCAAUUAAACGAAAUCAAGAAUCAAGGUGAGGAAACUCCCAGGAAUUCGAACUUUGUACAACCCGUAUUUCCUGCAAAUCAAGUCAAGAGGUUCAACCCAAGGAGGCAAACCGCUGUACCGCGUCAGGACACUGAGGAAGAAUUUGACGAAGAUGGAGCCAACAGCGAAGCCUCAUUCAUCUCGAAUCCCUCAAUCGACGUUUUUAGACCAACCCAGGGCAACGUGAAUAAGCUGAGAACCAAGAAUCACGAUAAAUUACGACGCAAAUCCAUACUGCACACCAUAAGAAACAGUAUAGCAUCCACGACAGACUUCCAACCAACGGACAUUGCAAUGCAGAGAAGACACAGGAUGUCCCUAGGAGGUGGAGCGACUCGUGUCGUAGCUACUUCUCCUCCACCAACUAAGAUGAAGACUAAUGCCAGCCGUGUCCCCCCGCUCGCGAGAGACUCAGCUGCCAGGGACAGACCCCAUGCUACCGAUCAGAGACGAACUACCUUGGCGAGCAGACCACCCUUCAGAUGA